GAGACGGCGGGGACGGAGACAGAGGGGAUAGAACCGGUGGUGAUGGGGACGGAGGGGACAGAGCCGGCCGGGCUCGGGACGGUGGGGAUGGGGUCAGCAGGGAUAGAACCGGCGGAGAUGGGGACAGAGGGAAUGGAGCCGGCCGGGCUGGAACCGGCGGAGAUAGACCCGGCCCGCGAGGCGGAGGAGCCCCCGGGGUCCCCGGCCCUGCCCGCUGAGGCCCCGCAGGACGGCCCGCCCGCCGCGGCGCCCUCGGGGGAAGGGGCGCUGCCCGCAGCACCCGGCCGGGAGCGGGAACGGGAGCGGGGCCGGUGCAGGACCGGCGCACAGGGCUCGGCCGGCCGGGCCGUGAGGGGCAGCGCCCGGCGGGCCCCGGGCCGCCGUAGCGGGGGCAAGAGCGCCCGGGGGCCCGGGGUCACUGUGGACAGCUCCAAGGCCAAGACCUCUCUGGAGGCCCUGAAAAUCAGCCUGCGGCAGCUCCGCUGGAAGGAGUUUCCGUUUGGCCGCCGCUUGCCGUGUGACAUUUAUUGGCACGGGGUGUCAUUUCAUGAUAACAACAUCUUCUCAGGGCAAGUCAACAAGUUUCCAGGCAUGAUGGAGACGGUUCGGAAAAUUACCCUGAGUCGGGCCAUGAGAACAAUGCAAGAUCUGUUUCCUCUGGAAUACAACUUCUACCCUCGGUCCUGGAUUCUGCCAGAAGAACUGCCCCUCUUUGUGGCUGAGUUUCGUGUGAUGAAAGACAGCAAUCCAUCCUGGAAGCCCACUUUUAUUGUGAAGCCUGAUGGAGGCUGCCAAGGGGAUGGAAUCUACCUCAUCAAGGACCCAAGUGACAUCAGGCUGACAGGGAGCAUCCAGAGCCGGCCAGCUGUGGUCCAGGAAUACAUCUGCAAACCACUGCUCAUGGACAAACUGAAAUUUGAUAUUCGUCUCUAUGUCCUACUGAAAUCCUUAGAACCCUUAGAGAUUUAUAUAGCCAAAGAUGGACUUUCUAGAUUUUGUACACAGCCCUAUCAAGAACCCACUCUCAAAAAUUUGCACCAAGUUUUUAUGCACUUAACCAACUAUUCACUAAAUAUCCAUAGUGGGAAUUUCAUCCAUUCUGACAGUGUAAACACUGGCAGCAAGAGGACUUUUUCAAGCAUUCUGUGCAGACUGUCUUCCAGAGGAGCUGAUGUCAAAAAGCUCUGGUCAGAUAUAAUUUCAUUGGUGAUUAAAACAAUUAUUGCACUGACACCAGAACUGAAAGUUUACUAUCAGUCUGACAUACCAGCAGGAAAACCUGGACCAACUUGCUUCCAGAUUUUAGGGUUUGACAUUCUCCUGAUGAAAAACUUGAAGCCCAUGUUACUGGAAGUAAAUGCAAACCCCAGCAUGAGAAUAGAACAUGAGCAAGAGCUUUCUCCUGGAGUAUUUGAAAAUGUUCCAAGCCCUGUUGAUGAAGAAGUGAAAGUUGCUGUCAUCAGAGACACUCUGCGGCUGGUGGACCCUCAGAAAAAGAAGAGGAAAGAUACUCAGUGCCAGAGCUUGGAGCCGGCGCCGGGAGCGAGCGAGGAGCUGCCGGACGCUCCCCCGAGCCCCGAGGCUGCUCUGCCCUCGCUGUGCCUCAAGCAGGUGUUCCCCAAGUACGCCAAGCAGUUCAGCUACCUGCGCCUCGUGGACAGGGUGGCCGCGCUCUUCAUCCGCUUCCUGGGGGUCAAAGGGACCACCAAGCUGGGCCCAACGGGGUUCCGCACCUUCAUAAGAAACUGCAAACUGAGUAACAGCAAUUUUUCAAUGGCUGCUGUAGACAUCCUAUAUAUUGAUAUCACAAGGAGGUGGAACAGCAUGGGCAUUGACCACAAGGAAUCAGGAAACCCAGGAAUGUGUCUGCAAGCCUUUGUGGAAGCUUUCUUCUGCCUGGCCCAGAAGAAGUACAAGUCACUGCCGCUGCACGAGCAGGUGGAGUCGCUGAUCGAUUUCUGCGAGUGCCGCCUGGCUGCCCUGCGCGACAAGCGCCUGGUGUGGGGCUGCGGCCUCGCCGGGCGCCACGGGGCCCUGCCAGCCACGGGGGCCACGCCUGGCCCCGGCUGCACCAGCCCCCCUCGGCCCCACGGCCCCCAGGUGUUCACAUUACAGAAAUCAUCACAGCUAAGGGCGCUCAUGUGCCGCGACAGAGCUGGGAGCUAAUCCCCAGCCAGGUACGUGUACUGCUGGAGGAGAGACAGGUGCUGCAAUCCCUUCAUUUCAUAGUGACAACUAUUUAUUUCAGCUGUAUUUUUUGUUUAAGCUUGUAAAAAAGUCUACUGCAACCUCCCAUUUCCACAUAAUGACCCUGGUAAUGGCUAUUUCUUCACCUCUCUGUGGGAUUUACAGUGCACAUCCCGUGACAAACUGUGCAUUCAUCCCGAGUGCGUGGAAGAGGACCAAACCACAGGGGAUGAUAACCAGCAUCAUGGGAUUGGCUGCACUGACUGAGGCACACUCGUGUCAAAGGAAUUACAUUGCUUUAUGUGCACAGGACAUGUCACAGAAACCAAGGAAAGAACUGCAGUCCCAAAUACCAGACUGGAAAACAGAAAUCUGGAAUUACACUUGUGGUCAGACUUCAGGCCUUGACUCUCUUCUUUCCAUGGCUUGGACUGUACGUGUUGGAAUCUACAGAUUUGGUCAAUGUCUAUGUACUUAUUUUUUAAAGUCAAUCUUAAAACACUGAAAUAAUAUUUUGGCUUCUACUUCUUUGUACAUGUCUUUGCCAUGACAAGUACUGUUAGUUUUUUAAAGAAGAACUAGAACAGUUUAUCCUUUUGCUUCCACAGAACCAAUAAGCUCACACUUAUUCACAGAAAAAGAUUUACUUUCUUAAGUCAAGUUUGGUGAAUCCAGUGGUGGUUUUGUCUUCAGGGAUUCAGUGCUGCUUCUGCAGAAAGCUGUCCAGUGAAAGGCCUAAGAGGUUAUUUUAAAUUCCAGUGGAACCAACUCUGUCACUGACUUCAGCCUAAACUAACUGUGUCCUAGGUUUGCUUAUUUUUUGUCUUUUGCAUGUUUGUUACCCUUUUGGGACCUACAGUAACAUCUAGAGCAGAUCUUUUUUGUGUCUUUGCACAUAUUCUUUGUUUUUCCCUUAAAUAACAGCGUAACUCUGUACGAACUAAAUCUAAGGAUGUUGUGUCAAAACUGCUGAGCUGUGCUGCUGGAGUUGUACAGAGCAGUCUUAUUUUUCAGGAAAUGAACCAUGAUCACACACUUCUUGUGGGGGCUAAGCUGAACAUGGGACUGGCUGGGACAGGAAUAACUUGGAACUUCAGGGCUGUUGAGUGAAAUUCUUUGUAGUCUCAAAUUUAUUACAAUAAUGAAUGGCUACAUCUGAGCUUGAUUUUCCUCCUGUGUUCUACUCUUUAAUGUUGAUGACUUGGCUUCCUCCAUGCUAUCAGAAAUGGCAAAGCUGUAAGAUGGACACUGAGCUUUGGGUUGGAGAACAUUCCCUGAGCUCCAUGUCAAAAUGUUCUGGUGGCUGGUGCCCCCAAAAUGUGCUGUGCCACUGAGGGGGAGUCCACCUGUUUCAUGUCAGGGACUAAAUGCACACACAGUAUCUAGUGAGUUUUCACUUCAGGGAAUGUUUGUAGAGUUUUUUUCCUGAUUUCAGUUUUAAGCAGAAUGGGUUUUUCCCAAGUGGCAAUAACAGCAUGGCAAUGCAAUGCAGAAGUCAGGCUGAACCCACACAAAACUAGUCCCCAGCAUGUGUUAAUCUCAGAUGUGGGCAUCCCUUCUCCUUACCUCUUUCUGUAACACAAAUAAAAUAGGAGUAGAUGAUCUUUUUUAGUUCAAUGGCCAGACUCUUUGAAAUUUUAUGUAUUGUACAUAAGAGGACAAUUGUAGACUAACUAAUGCCACUGCCCUCAGCCUUGUUCAAAUGUCGUAAAGAUUAUUGCAGUAUGAAGAUAAAAUGCUGAACUCCAAGGUCUGGCACCUGUCAGAACAAAUGAAGCUGAAAGGGUCAUUUUUUUCACACUUUCAUUGUAAUAUAUUUGAAGACAUUCACAGGUUGAAAAAUGGUUACUUCUCCUUUUGUGACAUCUGACAUUUGUCUUGCGAUUGGCAGUGUGUUACUGGAAAAUAGCUUACAGUUCCUCUCAUCUCAUGAUUGAUGUCCUGUAAAGACAGAGUUACAGAGGAGUCGGAUUUGAAAUGCUAUGACUGCGAAUGCCUUUCCUUGCACCUUUGAAGUAGUACGAUGUGUGGCCCAAAAUAUCCCAGUUUUGCAAUUGUAUAACUUACCCUGGUAUCAGUGGAAUAAAUUAACUAUUGUAUAUUGAACACUGAUAAGAUCUCUCUCUCUAUGGGAGACCUUUAUACUCUCUGGAUCUAAUAGAGGUUUUUAUAGCUUGUGCAUCCACAGGCUGAUGCUGCACGCCCUAUUCAUCUCCCACUUCAAAUAUGAAGGGUCCCUUGUAGAAUAGUCAAAAUAUUCAAUUAUCUGGCUCUAGUAAUCCAGUGUUCAUGUAUUUAUAUAAUUGGAAAAUUGAAUGCCAUAUUAUUCUCAGGGGGUGGAGGGAAUAAACCAGGAAUGUACUUUAGGGAUUUAAUGGCAGUCACAUUUCUCUUCCCUCCUGUCUAAUUCAAUUUCCUCUGAAUAUUAUUUAGCAUCCAAUUUCAUAGAGCCUUUAAGUUACCAGUCUGUGCCCAUGCAAAUGGCCAGAGACACUUUAUCCAGGAUAUGAAUGCUAAUGCACUGAUAAUCUGUUAAUCCUGAGGUACCUCUCUAGCUAAAGAAACAAUACAGGAAAGGCGUUGGAUUUUUAACAGCACUUUUGUAUAUAUUCUCUUCAGAGAAUACCACAGCACUGCACUCAUGAUUCUAUUUAUGACAUAUAUGAUAUGAAUAUUGUAUACCAGUGAAAUCUUUCUUGUUAUCAGACACACCAGGUCUGGUAUUCCUCUCUUGGUAGAAGUCAGAAUAAAACAACAUCUAACAAAAUUCUGA